AUGGAGGUCGGCUAUGCCGUCACAGUCACGUUUCUAGUGCUCUUCUCAGGCGUCUUCUCGGGCCUCACACUGGGCCUCCUGUCCCUCGACCGCCUUGAGCUAGAGGUCUUGCGGCGCAGCGGCACGCCUCUUGAACAGAAGCGCGCCGCGAAGCUGCUGCCUCUGGUGUCCAACCCCCACUGGCUGCUGUGCACGCUGCUGCCCAUCUUCCUCGACAAGCUGCUGGACCCUGUAGCGGCCAUCCUCCUGUCUGUCACCGCUAUCCUGCUGUUUGGCGAGAUCAUCCCGCAGGCAAUCUGCAGCAGGCACGGCGUCGCCGUUGGCGCCAGCGUCGCGCCCGUCGUGCGCAUGCUGAUGUGGGUUUGCGCGCCCGUCAGCUGGCCGCUGGGCUGGGUGCUGCACAAGGCGCUUGGUCGUGAAGACCCACUGUUUCCGCGCCAGCACCUUCAGACGAUUUUGAGCCUGCACGGCCAGGACGCCGGGAUGGGCGGGACCCUGACUGCCGAUGAGGUGGCGGUCAUGAGCGGGGCCCUGGAGCUGACAAUGAAGACCGCCUCUGUGGCGAUGACGCCCUUGUCCAAGGUGUUUGCGAUCUCCGAGAAUGCCGCCUUGGACGACACACUGGUCGACGACAUCCUGGCCUCGGGGUACUCGCGCAUCCCCGUCACAAGGGACGACGACCGCACCCAGAUCGUGGGCCUGAUCCUGGUGAAAGAGUUGCUGGAGCUGCUGCGGCGGUGGAGCGGAAAGGGAGACCCGCCGCGCGUCAGGGAGCUGCGCGUGCGGCCGGUGCCGCGGCUGCCGGCGAUGGCGCCACUGUAUGACGUCCUGCGCUUCUUCAAGAUGUGA